CACCUAGCCAGUAACUUCCUGCACUAAGUUAUUCUUCAGCAGAUGUUCUGCAGCUGAGUUCCUAAUGACGGUGCAAGACACCAGCGUGCUCUGCUCAUGAACGCUGGACUCGAGACAGAGUGGGAAAGAUUGGCACUGCCCGACAGCUGAUCACCACCAGCUCCUAAAUAUGAUGAAAAAUAACAUGUUAGCUAAGGCCCUGUAUGACAACAAAGCAGAAUGCUCGGAUGAACUGGCGUUUCGUAAAGGUGACAUACUAACGGUGUUAGAGCAGAAUGUAUUCGGAAGUGAAGGGUGGUGGAAGUGUUAUCUACAUGGUCGCCAGGGUCUUGCCCCAGCCAACCGCUUGCAGAUCUUCUCCGCCACACAGAAUGAAAUCCUUUUCACGCCAACCCAUUAUGGGUCUCUCAAGAGGCAACCAAGUCCACAGAACAUCUACCAGGUUCCUACAACACCUAAAGCAGAAAAUGUUUCCAUGUAUGAGCCGAUGGACCGCAUUCAUAUAACCCCUCCGUCACCGAGCUUGGGUUCAGGAGAAGUCUAUCAAAGUCCGGUUUCACCACUGGUCUUGUACGAUAAAGCCAGCAGCUCUACCAGUCAGCAUUUGUUUACUCUUCCGAGAGCGAUCAAAGCUUCGAACCCCACAUCUAUCUCCAAGGAGGAGCUCUACGACACCCCUCCGUCAAAAUUCUGCACCACUGGUUCCCCGCAGGAUUGUAAAACCCCAUCACCAGUGGACCGAAGAUCUCCAGUAUUUUCAUCAACCGAGCAGAUGCAGCAGCAGAUCUAUGAUAUCCCGUCCAGCCCUGACACUCUAGGAAGACUAAGUUCAAAGAACCCAAGAACUGCAAAUAUAUACACGGUUCCCCCAAGCAGCUUGUUGCAUAAGAAGAAUGGAAAUGAGGCUUUAUCUGUAGGUCCUAAUUACAAUACUCUUCCAAAUCCAAGAAAAUCAGAGUGGAUUUACGAUAUCCCAGUUUCGCCAGAGAAAAAAAAUCAAAAGGCUAGCAGCCAUGUUAUUUCCACGGAUAGCCAGAUCAUCUAUGACGUCCCACCAACUCGGUAUGGAUUUGAGGCGCCAGUGAAGGUAGACAAUAGCAGCGGCAUGGGUCAAAUAUAUGAUAUACUUCCAAAUCAUAAAAAAUCAGCAUCUGCAGAUCAAACCCUUUAUGAUGUCCCAGCUUCUCGUGAUAGUUUACCUGUACAACAAAAUGGAGGUUUCAACAAGUUGUCUUCAAGCUUUGGCAGACCACUCUUAGAGAAAGUGGAUGCAAAGGAAAAUGUUUAUGAUAUUCCACGAGGGUUGUCAACACCUUUACAUGAAAAAAGAAAGAUGAGCAGCCCUUUUCCUGAUAAAUGUAUUUACGAUGUUCCUCCUACUUUGCCGAGGAACUUUAAACUAUCCAGCAGGAGAGUAGAACAUGACAGAGCAUCCAUUUCGAGCUCAGAAAGCCGAACCAGCACCUUAUCAACUUCUUCAACGGCAUCUUGUGAGUCAUUCACAUCCUCGUCUUCUGAAGAGUCCACAAAGGAGGUGAUUCUGGAGCAUGAAGCGUCCAUCAAGAAGAUAACCCAGCUGCAAGAACGGGUAUCUACCUCGAUAGCAAGUCUCAUGAUCUUUGUGAGUAGCAAGUGGAGAUUGCAAGAGCACAUGGAGGCCAACCUUGAAGAAAUACACCGGGCUGCUGACAAUAUUACAUUGUCAUUAGGGUUGUUUGUGGACUUUGCACACUGCAUUAAGGCCAAUGCAUCCCAGUUAACUGACAGUAACAUUCAAUUACGGAUUAUCCAGCAGUUGUCCACUCUAACAGACUCUUUAAAAACUUUGCUAUGUCACCAAGAAGCCAUAAACCUUUGCAACUGGUCACUGCAGAAAAUGGUUGUGAGCAAGUCCCACACAAAUCCAGAUGACCUAGACCACUUUGUCAUGGUGGCCAGAACAAUUCCAGAUGACAUCAAAAGAUUUGUGUCCAUCAUCAUAGCAAAUGGAAAGCUAUUAUUCAAGAAGCAGGAAGUGGUUAAAAAGACCAGACCCCAGAAAGAGCGUUUAAUGGCACGAAAGCUCCAAAUGCCAGCUCACAAGGAAACCAAAGUGCUUCAGGAAUCUGUAAAUAAAGUAGAGGCAAAUACAAAGGACAGAAAAUGUCAGCUCCCCAGACAAAAAGCGAUAGAAGACAACGAUUAUGUCCACUUGCAGAAAAAGAAGGACUUUGAGAGAAUGAAGUCUUCAGGCUCUCAAAAGCAAUCGGAAAUGAAACCCCAGCUUUCAGAAAAGGAGCCAGCUGUAACUUCACCCGAACAAGACACCUUGCAGAAGUUGGAAUCACCGAAAAGAAUCCCUCUCUCGGAGCACUGUCAUCUAUACUUUAGAGCUCUGCAGAAAGCGAUUGGUGUGUUCAAGACUAGCUUGAAUACAAACCAGCCUCCGGAGAUCUUUAUAACUCACGGCAAGCUAAUCAUCAAGGUGGGACAAAAACUGGUCGACCAACUCUGCCAAGAAGUGAAAGCGAACGAAUCUCGUAAUGACGUUUUAUUUAAGAGUAGCGAGCUUUGCAGUCUUCUUAAGAACUUGGCAAUGGCCACCAAGACAGCUGCGAUUCAAUAUCCAAACACAGCUGCCAUGCACGAACUUCACAGCCGGACAAAUGAGCUUUCGGACCAUACACACUUAUUCCGGUCAAUGGUGGAAUGACAACUUCAUCAGUAGUGACAUUUGAGGCACUGGCCUUCUAACUCUACCUACCCCUCAACUUUGGACCUACAAAAUUUUAUUCUAAUAAGUGCCUAUUCAGAGAAAAUUUGUCAUUAAAAUGACGAAAAAAAGACAUUAGACUCAGAUAAAGAUUUAUGAACUAUUUUCUAUUUUUUUAUAUUGCUGUUUUUAAAAAAAAAAAAAAAAUCUAUUUACAGUACAAUGUGUGGUCAAGGAGGCACAUCCAAUCUUCACUCUGCAAACGGUUUUAACAUUUUAUAACAUAAGUGUAUACUACAAAAUGCUGUGCAGUGCAUUAAUUAGUGUUCACGUAUUUGAUAACAGGUUGAUUGGCGCAGGAAGACGUAUAGCAUAGUGUAGUGAUACGAAAAAUCAAUUCUCAAGCCCUGUUCGGGUUUUAAUAAUAUCACUGUCUGAUGGAGCCACAUGCUAACUUUUUAAUGUAUCUCCUAUGUGAUCAUUAAUUAAUUCAGAAGGCAUGAUGAUUCAUUUACAUUUUUAGUAGCAAUACACUAGAUUAAAUGACUGUUUCAUUAACGCAACGUGGGCGAGGAGUCAUAUGUUAUUGAAUAUUUCACAGUUAAUAUUGUGGGAAAAAGGUAGACGCAGAUUAUAAUUAAAUUAACUAAUUUAAAAGAGAUUAGAUUAUA